UGCCACUCCAAAACCGGCGCUUCCUCAUUUCUCAUCGUUCAGUCCCAGCUCCAUCUCCAAGCAAGCGCAUCUUAGCAGGCUCUCCCCUAAAAUGCGCCAUGGGUGACUAACAUCAGCUUCUCUUGUGCAAUCUCCGCUUCUCAAUUUCAAGAAUCAUGGCAGGUUGGAUCUCAUCCAAACUCAAAGUCGCUGAAACCCUCCUCCAGCAGAUCGAUCAGCAAGCGGCGGAAUCCCUUCGAAAAAAUGAGAGGCCUCGAUCCGACGAUGUGCCGGUCGGUGAAACCCUAGCAAGGACCGAAUCGAUCCCAUUGAAGGAUCAACUUAAGAAGAAAGCGCCGGAUCGGAACCGUCCGCAUCGAGAUCUGAGGAGAGGUUAUGAUCCAGAGAGGCAUCGGAAGAAACUUGAUGCGGUCGAGAAACCCAAUUCGAGUUCGGUUGAGAAACCCAACUCGAAAAUUAGUCCGGCUGCUGCUGUGGCCGACAGUGACUGGACUGAACUCCUUGGAUCGCCGGAUCCAAUCACACCCGUCGAUCACCAGAAUGGGGUGCCUGGGCCCGGCCUACGGAGGGAUCAGAAGAAGCUUGGCAUUGGGGUUUCGAGCGCACCGUUGGAGGGAAGGAGGAGUCUUUUGAAAGUCGGAAGGAGAUCAGAUGUCACGUCGGACAACAAGGUGGGUUUCGAGGCUUCUGAUGGGGAUAGAAGAUGGAGCAAUGAAGAAGUGGGCUUGUCUGGAAGUUCUGAUUUUUCUGAUUCGAUUCAGAGAAAACCUGUUUGGGAAUCUCGAGUGUUAGAGAGUAAUGUUGUGAUGGAGCCGAAAGAGGAUGGGAAUGGAGAUGUGGUGAUCCCGGCGACUUUGGAAAAUGGGCUGCAAUCUCAUUCAGAAAAUUUCAGUGCUGGAGAGGAUGGUUUUGUGUCAGUGUCAGUGUCAGGUGCAGCUGAUGAGAUUGAUGAUUUGAAGAGAGAAGUGCAUGGCAAUAGUAUUGGCCAGAGAGAUGGGCCAGAUGUAGCUGUGGGCCAUUCCAUUCCUGAUGACUUGCCAAGGAGUUUUUCAGGAAGUGACGAACGGUCAGAUUCGGAUACAGAUUCAAGUUUGACGUCUGAUUCAGAAGAUGAGAAGGAGGAAAGGAGAAAGAGACAGGAACAAAUUUUGGCUGAGGAAGUGGCUGCUAAAGCAAUUGAGGCCAUAAAAGAGCGGGAGAACAUGGUCGCAAGGUUGGAGGGAGAGAAGCAGAGCCUGGAGAAGAUGCUCGAUGAACGAGAAAAGCAACAAGCACAAGAGGCUUCAGAAUUGCAGAUGAGCAUGACGGAAAUAAUGGAAGCUGUUGAGUUAGAGAAGCAGAAACAUAAUAGCACCAGAAUGGAAGCCCUUGCUUGCUUGGCUAAACUUGAGACUACAAAUGCUGAGCUUGCGAGAUCCCUUGCAACAACACAACGGAGCCUUGAAGUAGAGGUUGAUCGGGUUGCUGAACUCAGGCGGCAAAUUGAUUUGAAGGAGUUGGCUAAUGAAGAACUCAGAAGGAGAAUGUCCAAUAUUCAUGAGAGCACAUCAUCUCCAAGCCAUACGAGAGCUUCAAAAGGAGUUGAAUUUGAACUAGAGAUACUCGAGGCAGAGUACUCUGUCAUAUGUGAUAAAAUUGGGCAAUUGAAAGAGAAGAUCCAGGCAAAGAAGCUAGAAGAAAACACUGAGAUGAUAAGGAAAGAGAUAGAGGAUCCAACUGAAGUAGAAGUUGAACUAAAGAAAAGGCUCGCGCAGCUAACUGACCAUUUGAUACAGAAACAAGCACAGGUCGAGGCCCUCACUUCAGAGAAAGCGAUGCUACUGUUUAGACUAGAGACUGUCUCCAGAUUGCUCGAAGAAAGCAAGUCGUCAUCGCAGCUGGUUGAUUGGGUGGGCCCAUCAGCAAGGGACGAUAUAGAAGCUGGGAAGUGGGAACCGUCUGAUCUGAAUCUGAGACCACUGCUCAGGGACAGAAUCCGAUCUGGGGGGCAGCACUUGGGGUCGAUCCUUCGACAGUUGGAUGCACUCUUUUCUGCGGGUGUUGUGUUCCUGAGGAGGAACCCUGCCGCCCAAAUGUGGGCACUGAUUUAUCUUGUAUGCCUUCAUUUGUGGGUCAUGUAUAUUCUCGUGUCGCAUUCCCAAGUGUCGGAUGAGGUGGGCUCCGGCGCCGUCAUUUCAUUAGAGAGCAUCAAUAAGACAUCAGGCAUGUGAUUCAUGAAUUACAUUAAUUUCUUUCAAUUGUUUUGGCAUGUCUACGGAGAUAACUUCGGCUGGAUUCUUGUCAAGAGCUAGAAAACAAGCCGAAAAAUGUAAAUUAUGAGAGAAGAUUUAUAUUGUAUAUUGAUCAGCGAGAGAUGUGAAUGGAGAA